AGACAGUCGGCACACCCGAAAAAAGUUACCGGUAUUAAACCGCAUCAGCUACACCCAGCUCGCCCCCUCAGCCCCCGACCAGGCGACGACGACGACUACGACGGUCUUCAACUGGCAAACGGACUACUGCGAUCACCGAACUUCCACCAGUCCACGACAGCUUCGACAGCCGCAGAUAGCACCUCGAUAAAACCGUCCCAAUCGCCAUUGAAAAAAAAAAAGAAACCAAAAGGGAAACCGAACGGGAGAGCAUUCGCAAUCAUCAUUGCCCUUGCUUAGGUGGUCUCCGAGGCGCACUCACAGCUUGCUGUGUGCUGCUAUAACUAUAAACUUCUACGUCAUCCCAUUCUACUUCCGGAAUUCCGAACCAUUCCACGAGACUGAAUUGUCAUCUUAUUGUGCACUCAUAAAGGCCGUUCUUCCCUCCCGUGCCGAGCUUAUUUCUUGUCCGACUUCACUACCAUAACAUCCACUACCGCUUUUACAAGUGAGAUGCGAGCUCCAUCGCCCCGUCAGUGCUCCUUCCAUCCGACAACUCCAUACUUCCUGAACACUCUUUCACACUACACUUCCUAUAACUCCCCACCUUCCUCCCUCGCCGAUUCCCAUAAGAGAACGAAGCUUCAACCAGAGUUCGACAGCGGAUUUAUAAAUUUCGAGCCCUCGGUAGACUACUCUCCCCCAUACAACUCAGUCCCUCAACUCUCAACCCGAAACAUUAGCCUGAACCCUCACAUCAGCCUGCAAAGGGCCUCCGAACCUGCCUCACCUACUAAUCCAUCUACUCACUCGUCACCUUCCCCUUCUCGCUCGAGGGUGACUAUCAUGUCUACCGAACAGUCCUCACAAGACUUUCCGUUGUGCGGUGAUGGGAUGCAUAUCUCCGCGGAUCACCAUCAAAAGCAACAGGUUAAUCGGAGAUAUGAAUCCGCCAACUCCUUUGGGCACAGGGUUUCGCCUACUCCUAAUUCGAGGUUUGGAAACGGGUUUCCCAUGACUGUACCGCAGUCCGAGUCGCAUGUUUCGGGGCCCGGGUUACACUACUAUCCUGGCUUUCAAUCCGACAACAAUGACUUCUCGAAGCUUUCCACGCAGCAGCAGCACCGAUACCUCCAAACCCUCCCACAGUUUAGGAACCAAGGUUUGAAUAUGGGCCAAAUGACCCAAACACAACAUCACGGUUCAGACGACGAAGAUCCGCCAGCGCUCUCGCCUCAUGGCCAGAGUCAAUUUUCCGCCUCUUCGAGGCCUUCCCUAUCGGAUGUGGAUUUACGUUCCCCUGCCACGCCCAUCGCCUCUCCGGGCCCGAGCGAUCUUGCUGAGGGAUGCGGUGCUCCAGUGUCUGCAGUUCACAUCCACACUCCCACUCCUAGGCUUGCUCGAAGGGUUUCGGACGCAAUGCAGGAUGAACUCUUCAACCCCGGCAUUGCACCUGGCACUUCGAUUACCUCUCGGUCGAGGCAGGAUUCAAAUGGUGUGAAUUCCAAGCUCCCGACAUUUCUUCACCAAGCGCAAACCCAGCACUCCAUUGCUCGCGCCACUCCCCCGACCACUCGCGACCACUCGCCAUUUCGUGCCAACUCUCCGUUCCACCCCGCCAUCAGAGCUAACCAGUUUCCCCUGCCCCAGUCACCUUCAAGAACCACUUCGCUCAACGAGGCUCCCAAGACCAUCUCGCCCAAGGAUGCUUACGUCGAUUAUUGCGAUCCCGACGAGGAGGACGUCAAAGGCAACUUUUUCCCUCAGGAUGAUGCAUACUCUCAGGAUGGAAGUGUCCAUAGCGGGAGCUAUAAAAGCUCUAUUCAUGGCGGUGAUGACGCUCAAUCUGAUCACAGUUUUGGAAAGACCGAGGAGAGCUUUGGUAGUAUGGCUACUAGCAGAAGGGAGAGCGACGUGAGCAUGAACUUCAGUCCUCAGCUUUAUGCUGGUAAUGGCAACCACCAAUACCCGCAGCUUGGCUUUCCUUACACAUACUCUCACAUGAGCAGACACAGUGAGGAGGUUGGGUCCGAUCCCGUUUCUCAGACUUCCGCUGUCGAGGAGGAGCCUAGUUACGAUUACGAUCCCGCCAGCUCACCAAGCUCGAAGCCGGCCGAGUCUAAGGCCAACAGAGGCGUUUACACUUGCACGGUUCCCGGCUGCACACAAAGAUUCCCUACCACCACCAAGAUGUCAAAGCACAGACGUGAAGCCCACAGACAGUCCACUCCGCUUUCGAGCAUCAAAUCCCACCACCCCGGCCCUCACAAGUGUACUCGGAUCAACCCUACUACCAACAAGCCUUGCAACACUAUCUUCUCCCGACCCUAUGACUUGACGCGCCAUGAAGAUACCAUUCAUAAUACAAACAGGCAGAAGGUCAGAUGUGAGAUCUGUAAUGACGAAAAGACGUUCAGUAGGCAAGAUGCCCUUACUCGCCAUAAAAAGGUUAAGCAUGGUAUCGACAAAUAGGACUUUCCAGAAAAAAACAAUCGCUUCGCUUCCAUCGAUUAAUGGUGACGAUGAUGAGUACUCCUUCUCGUUGAAGCACCUUCUCGAAAAUCCUGUUGCAAGCGAUCGGCAAAUGGGACGAUCGACAAAAGCACGCACAUGUUGCUCGCCCCAGCUACGGUAGAAGGAUGGAAGCAGCCAUGGAAAAAAAAAAAA